AUGAUAGUGCGAGCUUCUGUGAAAGAUGAGCACAAGAAUAUGAGGAGUCCUCAAAAAUAUGCCGACGAUAUUUAUUUGAACCCAAGGACGGACAUCAAUAACAAAAACAAGACAGCAGCGUUACAUGGCGUUGGAAUGGCACCAAUUAACGGAAAUUCUCAAACUUCUGAGGCGUCCCAGGAACUGAAAUUACCAACUCGGCUCAAGAAUAACCGACCUGAAGAAACUGCUGCAAAGAAAACAGAAAUGUCGGACAUGAUUUUUUCCGACAUGGAGGAAAUAGAAACACUUCCAGAAAUUUCCAUGAAGAGCAAACUGCGUAAGUUUACGGUAAAGGAGCAGCCAGAAGAAAAACACCUAUCGGUGGACAUCAAUGGCAGAACCAAGGCAGCAACACUGCCUGGCGCCAGCAGAAAAUUUCGAUCCAAGGGGACAUCCCAGGAACCAAAAUCAUCAACUCUACUCAUGGAUAAUAGGUCUAAAAAGUCGAAAACUCUGGAUAGCUUCAGAAACGCGGUGAGAGCAGCAAUGUCACGUAUGGGACUCAAAAAAGCGAGGGAAGCAGAAAAACUCGAGAAGAAUGUCGAGAAAGGGAAAUCAUAUAAACAUAGAAUGAACAUCGAUGACAAAGACAGGCCAUCAACUUCGUCUGGCGCUGGGAUGGGAUCAAAUAAUGGAAAAUAUCGAGCUACGGAGAAAUCCCAGGAACCAGGACCAUCAACCGCUUUUUUGAGUGAGCAGCCCAAAGAGUUGGGGAAUUUGGCUUUGACUUUUGCCGAGGAAGCAAUAACGAAAGCAAUGUCCUGUAUGAAUUUCGAAGACGCCGAAGAAAUGAAAAUAUUCCCAGAGGUUGCCGCAAAGGAAAAAUCGCGUGAAUUCACGACAAAAGCAAAAAAGAAAUACCGAUGGGCGCAUCCUGGCAUUCAUUCCUUCGACGUUGUUGUAGAUCGUUUCAAUGCUCUAAAUCAAUCGAUCCCUGUAUGCUACAUAACUUCAAUGGAAUUUAAUAAUUCUGUUAAAGUUCGAUCACGCUGCAUGGUCGGUAUAAAACCCGAAGGUCUGGUGCAAAAUGUUCGUAAAAUAUGGGCCAGAGAAGGUGCGAAAGAAAUAGCCAUGGUUGCUAAUCUGGCCACAGAUAAAAGCAAGAAAGAAGCACUGCUUUCUUUCGAGGAAAAUCUGCAGGCCUAUCACGAGCUCCAGGACAAAACUCCAAAGACAUAUUCACAGUUGCGUGUGCGCGAAGAAAAACUUCGUGAAAUUUUGUUUCCGGUAGCCCGUCGCUAUACGGAAUUGCUUCCAGAAUCGCUUACAUCCCAAGUACAUGCUCUCCUGGGUGGUAGAUUCGUUGUUCUAAGUCACUGA